AUGGCGGUGAAAGGCCUCACGUCAGCGCUGAAGUGGAUACCCAACGGCCUCCGACACUUAGGCUCAGACGGCGUGCUGCGUGUCGUCGACAGCGGCACGUUCCAGGUCACAGACUACGUUCGCCUGAGCCAGACACAGAUCCUCAACUUCAUCAACCUGCUGCCCCUGGGUGUUCGGCCUGACCCUGCGCAAUUCAACAAUGUGGAUGGAACCACCGUUUCUGCGGCCCAGGCCCAGUUUCCGCCGCCCGAGAUCUACGCGUCCAUCCAGGAGUCAUACGCCAAGUCGAAAGCUGCGGUCGGACUAGGAGAUACGAGUAAGGUUGCCCCGAAACCUGAAGCUGUGGAGGUGGAAAAAAGGGAUUGCUCGACUGAGGUUUGCCGUUAUUCGUCCGAUUGUCCCAGCGCAUGCAUUUGGUGUCAGCAGGUCACGGGAGGCUACGGCUUUUGCCUUGGGUUUUGA